UGUCUAACUGGCAGGACAGGCAUGUACUCAACAGCUGAGUGCAAGUUGGUUUGCGUUCCGAGCUACACAUUUCACGAACAAGUCUGCUGUAUCGUGACUUUUCUUGGAUAGAGCAACACUGACAUCGUCGGAUGUUCAGUACGUAUUACCUAAUUAUUAAGAUGGGAAAUACUCUCUAAUCACGCCUGGCAUCAUCUGUCUGCUGCCAUGACAACCAGCUGCUGCAGCCAAUUACCUGAGGUGUUGACGGACCACUCAGACACUAUGCUUUUAAGGAACUCUGAUGGACAUGAGCCAGCUCCAGUGAGCAGCCUGGACUGCUCUGAUCCCGCCCUUCCAGGAAAAGCUAUGGACACUGACACAAAUCCAGCAAAUGAAGAUCCACAGUACUGCAAACCGAUGUCAGCUAAGGAUGGUUCACGUCCCAGCAAUAUAACAUUUCCUAAACAGAGCCCCCUAGCGGAGCGGCCCAUGUGCCGGAUCUGCCAUGAUGGAGGAGGGCAAGAGGAGCUUCUGUCCCCGUGUGAGUGUACAGGGACGCUGGGCACCAUCCAUCGUAGCUGCCUGGAGCACUGGCUCUCGGCCUCCAGCACAAGCUUCUGUGAGCUGUGCCACUUCCAGUUCAGCGUGCAGCGCAAAGCACGGCCCCUGCUCGAGUGGCUGCGCAACCCCGGGCUGCGUCAGGAAAAGCGCACGUUGUUUGGAGACAUGGUGUGCUUCCUGCUCAUCACGCCGCUGGCCACGAUCUCAGGCUGGCUGUGUCUGCGAGGGGCUGUGGAUCACCUGCAGUUCUCCAGCAGACUGGAGGCAGUCGGCCUGAUCGCCCUCACUGUUGCCCUCUUCACCAUUUACCUCUUCUGGACCCUAGUGUCCCUCAGGUAUCACUGCCGCCUGUAUAACGAGUGGCGUCAGGCCAAUCAGAGGGUGGUGCUUCUGCUUCCUAAGGUGCACAGCGAACCGACAGGUAGCCCGUCACUGGCGGGUCUCCUGCGGACGAAACGACCGUCCAAAGAAACAAUAGUGUGACUCCGUUUUUCAGGCUGCAGGAACUCUUAAAAGAGAGGACACAGAGGAAUGGCUUCUGCCCGUGGACCGUGGCGAAGCAAGAGCUGGAGAUGUAGCAGGUGGUGCUGCUGAAAAGGCUUCUGAGGAACACUGGAGCUAUGGACUGCAUUACAGAGCUUUUUGGAGCAAUCCAGCUGUCGGCCAUGAUCUUACCUUCACUAGAGUUAGCAAGUUGGUAGCAUUAGUUCUGGAAGGACAGAAAGGAGCUCUUCAGUACAUCUCAGUUGCCGGAUUUUGUUGCUACGUGGAAGCAUUUUCUGUCAGAGCAUACUGACGAAAUAUGUUUUCUUUGGAAUGUUGACGUGUCCACUAUCAGCAUGGAUCUAUGUGCCAUUUUCCUUUUCAGAUGGACUCAUGUGCUGCAUGUCUGCUUUCUAUGUGCUAAUGUAUCCAUUCGGGAGUGAAGCCUUGCCAAGCAUACAUCAUAAAUACGGCAGCUCGGCGCUCCGUGUUAGAAGAGCAAGACACAGUGGCUGCUCUGUUAAAUUCCACAUCAUUUAGGUUUUUUUUCUUCCGAGUAGUUUAUCCAUUCUAAGGACAUAUCCCUUCCUGCUUCGAGAUUGUGGUUGACCAUUCUUAAUUGCAGUGCAGCGUAUAAUAUGUUUUCAAUGAGGAGUCCCCAUUCUCUAUAUCACCAUCCUUUCAUGACUUUGUCUCUGAAAGUCAUUAUUUGUAGUUUAAUGUUGCCAUUUGUGCUAAAUACAUAUUUUGUUGCAGCUGAAGCUUUGUGACAGAUGAGAAGGAGGAAAACCGUGAGAGCCUAGCUCAAUCUAGGCUUCCAGUCACUGGCCUUAAGAUAACUGCUCUUAUGUGGUGCACACUGAGCUCAAUUGUCUCAGACAGACCAGAAAAAGGUCAAGUAAAUAACUUUGUAUGGUCUGUUCAAAAUCUGUCAUAGA